AUGAUUGCUGAAGAUGGCCUCCCUAUUAGUCUGGUUGAAGGGAAGGGAUUCAUAUCCCUUGUGAAGUACAUUGAGCCAGAUUAUACGCUACCUACUAGAAAAACUUUUGUUAAUAUCCUGGACAAAAUGAUGAGUGACAAAAAGGGAAAGGUGAAGCAAGAUCUUCACAAGAGUGCCGCAAUAGCACUAACAACGGAUUGUUGGACAAGUCAUGCACAGGAGGGCUAUAUGACUGUCACAGCACACGGCCUGAUAGACUGGAAAAAAGCAAGCUUCGUUCUAGAAACGACCCCAGUUCAGCAUCUAGCGGGUGAAGAGGAGGAGGAUGAAGGCGCGGCCAGACUUCCACAACGCCAUACGGCACUGGCGCUUCAAGCUCAACUCAACCGGGUCGCUGUUGAAUGGGAAGUCGAUGCUAAGAUCAGUGCCGUCGUCCAUGACAACGCAGCCAACGUUAGAGCGAUCGGACAGGCAGUGCAAGCACCAGAUAUCGGUUGCACGGCUCACACCCUCCAGUUAUGUGUGAAUGCUGGUUUAGAUUCGACCCAAACCAUGAAAACAUGCAUUGGGGCCGUUUCUAGGCUUGUCGGCCAUUUCAGACACUCAGUAGUUGCGACUCAGGCACUGAGUGCAAAACAAGAUCAACACAAUCUUCCGAAACACAAGCUAAUCCAGUCAGUGAAGACACGGUGUAACUCCGUGUAUGACAUGUUCAGCCGUGUGAAGGAACAGAGAUGGGCGAUAACCAGCGUCCUCGGAGACGAACGGGUGACGCCUAGAAGGAAUGCAGCAACAUUCGAAAUUAAAGAUGAGCACUGA